AUGAAUUAUUUGGUGGUUACAUGAGACACAGGACAAUGUUAAAACACAAAGGAUGGAAUUUUCUCACGCAAGAAUUAAAAUUAGAAUUGAACAGGAUUUCGGAAAGAAAUUUAGGUCGAGAUGAUAGGGUUACUUCUGAUCAUGGAAAGCAAGCUCGAUAUCCUUAUUUGGAUGAAGAUCUUGUUGAUUAUAUUCAAAGUUUACCUCCUUGGGAAAGCUUGCUCGAAGAAAUCUUAUCUUAUCUCAAGUGGAACUGGUAUUAUUGACGCCUUUUAUUUUCUUUUAAUAAACGUCAACCUUGCAAUCAAUGUCUGCUACUUUUACAAAAUUCCAUUCAAAAUUACCGAUAUGUCUUUAAAAAAUAAUAAUAUUCACAACGUGUACUUGAAUCGAGCACCAAAAGGACUUCAAAAUGAAUUCCAAACUUUAUUCACCCACGAAGCCGUACAAUUUCUCGUCGAUCUUAACCUCGAAUUUCAAUCUAAAAUUGACAAACUUUACAUUACGAGAUAUUCCAGGAAAUACGAAUUGGCUAAAAAUCCAAAAAUACCUGAAUUUUUGAAAACCGAAAUCAGAGAACUAGACUGGAAAGUUGCACCUGUCAAGAGGAGACUCGAGAAUCGUCACCUGGACUUGGGAGAUGUCUCUCCAAGUAAUCUGGACCAUUUUCUAUCAGCCUUACGAGCAAAAGUUCAAGGAAUCCAGGUGGAUUUCGACGACGGACAUUGUCCAAUUUGGAGUAACCAAAUUUCCGGGCAUUACAAUAUUUAUCAAGCAGUUCGCAAAAAUCUUCCAGACAUCCCGGCAAUUUCGAACUUACCAAUCCUCAUGUUUCGGCCCCGCGCCUGGAACAUUUUGGAACACAACAUCAGCAUCAACGGCCGAGAAGUUCCAGGAUCAAUUUUAGAUUUCGGUCUGAUCAUGUUCCACAACGGGCUCCUAUUAUCCCGGGAAGAAUGCGGCCCAUUUUUUUAUCUCUCAAAAGUUCAGGGCUCAUCGGAAGCGAAAUUGUGGAACGAAAUUUUCAGCUGGAGUCAGUCGAAGCUUGGAAUUCCGUAUGGCACAAUCAAGGCCUGUGUCCUGAUUGAGGAUAUUUUGUCGUCAUUUGAAAUGGAUGAAAUUUUGUACGAACUGAGGGAUCACUCGCUGGGGCUGAAUUGCGGAAUCUGGGAUUAUGCUGCCUCGGUCAUUGUCAAAUUUGGAACGGAUCCGGAUUUUGUUUUGCCGGAUAGGAACAAGUAUGUGAAUAUGAGCAAGCACUUUUUGAAGAAGUAUAUGGAGCUGGUGGUGAGGACUUGUCACAGAAGAAAUGCACACGCGACUGGCGGAAUGGCGGCGAAAUUGCUGCCGGAGAACGCGGAUUCGGAGGAGUUUAGGCAAACUGUGCGAGGCGUUUGUCAAGGAAAGUUGGCGGAAAUCAAGGCUGGAGUUGAUGGGUUCAUGGUCUUUGAUUUAGGCCUCGUGAGUCACAUGAAUAAAUUGUGGAAAGAUCAGACCGGAAAUCGACCCAAUCAAAUAUCUUUUUUGGGCACAAACGAGAAAAUUACGGGAAAGGAUCUUUUAAAAAUGCCGACAGGUGGCGUGACAAUGGAAGGCGUUCUUCACAAUAUUUCUGUCGCGAUUCUUUUCAUUUAUAAUUGGCUCGAGGGCAGAGGCUGUUUUCCUUAUAAAGGAUCCGUUGAAGAUUCUGCAACCGCGGAAAUUUCCAGAGCCCAAGUGUGGCAGUGGAUUCGUCACGCAGCCAAAAUCGAAAAUCAGGAUCAGAUUGUCACCAGACAAUUUAUUUAUGUCUGUUCCUCGAAUAUCGUCGCGGAUUUAAUCAGAGAAUAUGGAAAUAGUUCCGGGGCAAGGAAGAAACUCAUUGUUGCUUUCGAUCUGUUUCUUGAGAUUGUCAGUCUUCGAGAGCUUCCGGAAUAUAUCACAACUUACUUGAAUGAUGCACACGUUUUUAGAAAAGUGCACGCGAAUUUGUAAAAAGUUAGGGUAAUUAUUUGAAUUAUUUUCUUGUUUACUGAAAUUGUUUAAUAAAUCAUUUUCUAUUUAAAUUUU